CAAGUUCUUAAUCAAAUAAACUCCAUCGUGAGGAUUUAAUCAAGAUAGAAGCAAUAGAAAAUGAGAUCAUAAGAAUGGGAGAGAAGGAAGAAAUAGAAUCCUCCUGGACAGAGUUACAGGAGCUUGGAAGCUUGUCUUCACCUCAUCAGAAGGAUGACUCUGAGGUAAGGUUUGAGGAUGAGAGUAUGAGUAACCAGCUUGAUCAGAUCUGGGGUUUAGUGGAGAAAAUAAUCCCUCUCUCCAGUAUUAUCGCAGACCUAGAGAUCAAUCUCGAGACAGCGGUUGGUAGGAUGGAAAAGAUUGAAAACAAAAUAAAUAUUUUACCGAAAAAGGCAUCAAGAGCUAUUCCAGAAGAUUUUGAUGAUCUGAGUAUUCUUGAAGGAUGGAGAGGAGAGGAACCUGAAGAUUAUACAAGUAUUCUGGUUCCUAUGUUUAAUCACUCUGGAGGAGAACCCAUGCAGGAUAAUCUUUACAGAAAAAAUCUCGUAAAAUCAGUUUCUAAUCGUAUCCUCGCUCCAGUAGAAGAAAUAAGAAGGAAUGGACAGACGAAACUCCGUCCUAUUGAGAAAUCAGUCAGCUGGAACACAGAGGACAUUCACAUACCAAGAGGUUUGCGCUCUCCAGAACAAGGGAUGGAUAAACCGGAUCCUUUCAUAAUUCAGAAAUCUCGACAGCUGAAUAAACGGGUCACGCUGAACGUUGGUGGUGAAAGGCACGAGGUUUUGUGGUCCACACUUCAACAGAUGCCUCAGACAAGAUUGGGGAAAUUAUCCAGAGCAAGUUCACACGAAGAGAUCUUAACGCUGGCAGAUUUUUAUUCUAUUAUUGACAACGAGUUUUUCUUUGAUCGCCACCCUAGAUCGUUUAAAACAAUUUUAAACUACUACAGAACGGGUCGUCUUCAUAUCAUUGAUGAAAUGUGUGUCAUGGCGUUCAGUAGUGAUCUGGAGUAUUGGGGAAUUCAGGAUCUAUGGUUGGAGAGCUGUUGUCAGACCAAAUAUAUGAUCAGGAAAGAAUAUGUGGAGGAUGAAAUCAGGAAGGAAGCAGAAAAUACAAGAACAGUGGCUGGAGAUAGUUGGAGUAGGGGUAGAUGUGGUAGAUAUCAACAGUUUAUCUGGGAUAUCAUGGAGAAACCAGAUACUUGAAUACUUAUCUGACUCCU